CAAUGCCUUGCUUUGAUUUGAUUGUAUACAGUUCGGUGUGUUUGAUUUUGAUGGAAGUGUUGCUGACAUGCCAUAUAGCUGGAAGGAUUUCUCCAUGUAGAUGUGUUAUCUCCUGUGAGAUUGUGUGCGUAUUUUCCUGCAAAGAUUUCUACGUAUCACCAUCUGGUGCGCCGAGUUCUGCCUGCCGAUACGUAAUAGGUUGAAAUCACAAUAUGGGGACUGAUGCACGGGACCCAGUUCAGACUGCUUCACUCCAGUUGAGUCGAGUGCUAGAUCUGGAACAGUUUCGUACUACCAUUAAAGAUGCUGUGGCAUUGGUGUUGCCUAAUGUGAAAUGUGUGACAGCAUUUGUCCAGGACCCUUACCACACAGAUGACAGCCACAAGUCUGUGCCACUGUGGCUGAAUGGAGAGAUCAGCCAAGCUUUGCCAAAAGAGGGAAUAUUAUGGCAGGCCUAUGAUUCCAAACAGAGGGUUAUCAAGUCUCAUCUUGACCAGUCUGACCCAGCCAGACAGCUACUGGACAGUGGGCAGUUCAUUAACAGUGGGGGCAUUGUUGUCUGCUCCCCAGUGUUAGAAGAUGAACAACCAGUGGUUGUGUUAUUGAUUGUCUGCGAUAGCGUGACAGAAAGUCAUCUCUCUCAGUUGGAAGUAGUGCAGAACCAGAUAGCGGCCUGCCACUACCGCCUGAAGCAGAGUCCAUACAGGGCCACUGAUAUGCCGAGACCCAUGUAUAAAGAGAACUCCCAGGAGAAGAGCAGUGAGGCUAUCCUUCAAUUAUGCGCUGAACUGUAUGACCAAGAUGCUGCUUCCCUACAAGUAAAGGUGAUCAAAUAUGUAAGUAUGAAUCAUUAGGAAUUAUGCCAAAAUUUCUCUCUCUUUCCACACUAU